UUCAUAAAACCCCACCACAUAGCCCAUAUGAUUGAACCGUGACCCACACAGGUGGCAAAACUAAUUAGUGAAAUCUUCUAUCCAAGAAAAAAAAUGCAGCCAACCUCGGUUCUCUCCUUCAGGAGUAAAAUAAAAGUUAUUUUAUAUACAAGUUUACACAUUAGGCCAAUAAAAUAUAGGCACAGUAGCCUAUAGCCUAAUGUAAACCCAAAAUUGCGUUAUGUUGUCUUGGGAAAGCAUUAGAAGGUUCUUGAUUAUGUUGUUCCUUUAUACAAACUUUAAAGUGUUUGUUGUCGUUUCUCUUUCCUCCUUUUGGAAACUCGUUCCCUAUCUGAACUUGAAUGUGCGCGCUAACCCAAAUUCCUCAUUUACCGUCCACACGUCGGGGAGUGAGACGGCGUGGGACGCUUUGGUCAAUAUCCUCCUGAUUCUGAAUCAGCCCAGCCCGCCGUGGUCCUACGAAACGCUCUCAUGAGAAUACUACCAUUACUGAUCUAGACACUGCUGUUGACCACGGUUGUAUUUGGCUACACCCACAAUGUUAAACAUGAUCGGCUAUUUCCUGAGUCGUGUUGCCUUUAAGGGGCUGCUCUCGGUGCUAGGAAUUCACGUCAUUUCGACACUAACGCAUCCAAAUCAAUGAGGACUGCGUUGUACUGCCUUCUACAGAGAAGUCUUCCAGGAAGAAAUUAACCAUCGCCACGCCAAAAUGUAGCGCUCAGCACACCAAGCGCCAAGGAAAAACAAAAGAAGUUGAAUGCGCCUUUGACAGCUACUACGCAAAAUGGAUUAACAAAACACCCAAAAAUACAUUCUUUGCAGUGCGAAUGUAACCUAAUCCAAGCCCAGGACUCGGACGUGGGUGUUUUUUGUUCAGGGUUACUUCAAGGAAAAGGAGGAAAGGAAAGUGGAAACAGGAGAACUUCCUGAAUUUGAACAAGACAUGUCCGAUUCUCCGUCGCAGAUCACGGUCAAGCAGGAGAGGAGCCCGGCCUUCAACCCUUCUUCAUCGGCGAGCCCGCUGCCAAUCUCCACUUCCUCUCCGUCUCCGUUCCAUGCCCUGGCCCGCGCCGCCCCUUCCCCCGCCCCCUCCCCCUCCCCUGCUACCGCCCCCACCCUCUCCACCACCCCCACCACCCAGGCCGGCAGGAUGGAGGAGCAACCAGGCAGUCUGCCCGCACACCUGCGCCUUCAGCCGGUCUUUUGGAGCCGCGAUGACGUAGCGCAGUGGCUGAGAUGGGCGGAGCAUGAGUUCGCCCUUCGGCCAAUCACGAGCCGGAGUUUCCAGAUGAACGGUAAAGCCCUGCUGCUGCUCACCAAAGAGGACUUCCGAUACCGCUCGCCACACUCAGGCGACGUCCUCUACGAGCUUCUGCAGCACAUCCUGAAACAAAGGAAGCCGAGUCUCUCCUACCCCUCAGCGUACUUCCCCAACAACUCAUUCCUCUCCCUCUCAGAGACAGAACUACAGCAUCCCAAACUGGAAGAAACGGUACGUCGAGCUCCCCGCAGCACGGACGGCGGAGCGCAGCACCCCCCCACCAUCGAGCUGCGCCACCGCCACCGCUCGCGCUCCCCCCACCACCCCCUGCAACACAUACGCCUCUCGCCCCCGGUCCUCCUGCACCCCUCCUCCUCUUCCUCUGUCGCAGCCUCCGAGGACCCCUCCUCGCAGCAGCAGGCGUCCUCGCAGCUGCCCGACGGCAAUCACAACCACCACCCUCACCAUCAUCACACGUCAUCCGACGACCUGUACCCGCUGUCCGUCUCCCCGGCCGCCCAGCCCACCAACGGGCACUGCGCCGCCCCGCCGCCACCCCGGGAGUCUGUGUCGUCGCGGCGAGGCCCCAGCCCGAGGCGAGGUGCCAGCCCCAGGAAUGGCGGUGGCGCCUCUAGGGACGGGCAGGAUGACCCGGCGCCCCCUCCGCGAGUGAUCCAGCUGAUGCCCAGCGCCAUCAUGCACCCGCUGCUGCUGAGCCCUGGUAGGGCCGGCGCGGGGGGAGACUACCGGCAUGCCAGAGGGGGCGUCAUGCAUGCGGCGGCGGUGGCAGCGGCAGCGGCGGCGGCGGCCGCACAUCAGGAAAACGAGCGGGAUGGCGGUGGUCAUGGGGGUAAAGGGGCCUGGCAUCACCACCACACGCUGGCAUCGUCCCACCACCCCCAUCAUCAGCUGACCCAGGGCACGCACCCUCACGGGCAUCACCAGGAGGAGGGAAGGUACCGGAACCACCAUGUCAUCGUGCCCGUGUCACCACCCGAGGACCAGGGCAUGCCCAUCGGGCGCAUAGCAGACUGCAGGCUGCUGUGGGACUAUGUGUACCAGCUCUUGUCGGAUAGUCGCUAUGAGAACUACAUCCGCUGGGAGGACCCAGACACCAAAGUCUUUCGCAUCAUGGACCCCAAUGGUCUGGCACGACUCUGGGGCAACCACAAGAACAGGACCAACAUGACAUAUGAGAAGAUGUCACGAGCAAUGAGACACUACUACAAACUCAACAUCAUCAGGAAGGAACCGGGACAAAGACUUCUGUUCAGGUUUAUGAAGACGCCGGAUGAGAUCAUGAACGGGACAUCAGAGCGCCUGGAGCACCUGGAGUCAGACACUGAUGAACAGAGCUACGUCAAGGGAGAGAGCCCCAAGGAGGAAAUUAAGCAAUUCUACGUGAAGGAGGAAUGUUGAGCUGAGCUGACGGCGACCGCGUGAGACGCACGGACUGUUUUAAUACCACAGAUGCCUCAUACAGUUAUGUCUGCUCUGAACAAUCAGUCACUCACAUCUGCACUAGUGCGCAGCACCCACUGUGGAGCUCCCACCCGAUGGAGAGAGAAACAUGGAGAGUGAGAGAGAGGGAGAGAUGGACAGAGAAAUGGAGAGAAGGAGAUGGUAUUCCAAACAUGAAAGUGGACUCCUGUGUUUUUUAUUGACCAAGCAGCAAAACACAAACGGGAAACUGAGAGGGGACUUUGUCGAAGCUCCAAUGCGUUCUCUGUAGAAUGGCCUUUUCUAGAAUGCUGUGUCCUCUUUAGGACACAAUCUGUUCUUUUUAGAAUGCAAUAUUUUCUCUGUGGAACACAAUGUGUUCUCUAUAGGAUGGAUUGUGCUCUCUUUAGGGGGGAAAAAAUCUUGCUUUUGACAUGUCAUGGGGUUGGAGAUAGUAAAGGCCCUUUAUUCCUCCUGCCUUGCUUGUACAGAUGGCCUUUUUGUCCAAAUCAAUGAAUUCACAUCUUUUUUGCUGAUUUAUUUUUCUCUGAUUUUUUUUCUUUAUUUUUAUCUUGUGUAUAUUGAAUAAGGGUAUGGCAAUUUGUGUUUUUUUUUUUUAACAGAGGGGUAUUAUAGAGGCUUAUGCUGUUGUGACGAUGUUUUCUUUCUGGAUCCACAAAUGAAUUUUUUGAAAAUAAAAAUGGUCACCCCUGA